AUAUAUAUAUAUAUAUGAGUGUAAGUAUGUAGAAUGUGGUGUAAGCUCUGUAAUGUACCUUAGUGUUAGGCUAAAAAAUCCAAACGCCCUCCUGGUACGGCCCCCACAAGGCUCUCCCCCGCCAAUCACCAUCGGUUCCAUCCAUCCAACGGUCACUUGCCAGCAGGGUCAACUAGACCGUUACCACUCGCGGCGCUCUCCUUUCCCCCUCAAUUUCCUCCCCUUCCCGCUCCCCUGAAAUGCCGCCUCCUCAUCACUAGCUAUCAGUGCUCCGCUCCUCUCCCACUCCUCCGCUGCCGCCUCUUGCCGUCGCCGAGAAACCCGAUGGGCUGCUUCCUUGGCUGCUUCGGGGGUGCCAAGGAGCGCCGCCGCCGCCGCCGCAAGCGGUCGCCGGCACAGUCCCCCAAAGGCCCCGCGCGGGCGACGUUGCGGACUUCUCCCAAGAGGAUUGAUUUGGAUGGGGAAGCCGUCUCCGCCGCCGCACCGCUCCUUGCGACGCUCCUCGAGUUGAGGGACUCCACUGACGACAUGUGCUUGGCCGUCGUCAAGAAGAAGGUGACGUUUGAUCCGAACGUCACCACCUACGAGGCGGUGGCGAUCCCGGAGGACGACGGCGAGGGAGCAAAUCCGGAGACAGAUGAGGCGAGCAAGGAGAAGGAGUGGAUGCUGGCGCCUGAGUGCGCCAAGUCGGAGGCCUUCCCUCUGAACCACAGGUACAGCAACUGCGUCGACGGUGACAACGACAGCGAGUACGAGGACGCCGAGGAGGAGGAAUACGACGAAUUCGAAUAUGAGGGCGAGGAAGAAGAAGACGGUCUUGAUGAGUGCGCGAUCGAUGACGAAGAAAAUGAGCACGGUCUUCUCGGCAUUGCACGCGGCGAGGACGAAGCGUGCGAGUCGCUCUUCCUGCUUCCGAUGAGCAAGACGACGUCCAAGGAGAGCGGCGGCCAGGAAGCGGCGGGCGGCGGUGUCACUGCGCUGGAGGCGCCCACGUCUUGCCCGACGCGUGACCGCAGCCAGCACGCCAACCCCGUGCUCAACUCAGUGGAGAACCUCACCCAGUGGAAGGAAGGCAAGACCCGCACCGCCGCCGCGCCGAAGGCUUCGGACAAGGAGAACGUUAUGCUGGGGCAGGUGAACAGGACGGACUUGCUAGCCGAGCCGGCCAUCGUAGCCAAGAAGGAGAAGUCAGCGGGAUCGGACUACUGCCCCAGCACGCCGAGCAAGCAGGAGGAAGCCUCCGUGGACGCCAGUCUCUCGACGUGGCUCGGUUCUUCCGGGACGCCGGAGAGCAACUCCGUCCGGUCCUACUCGCCGAUCAGCCGAGAGGACCGGCCGAUCCUUGGGGCUCUGACAGUCGACGACAUCAAGAUAUCCUCGGCCAACUCUUCGCCGAGGAGGUCGAGGUCCCCGAGCCCGAGCCCAGAUGACAUGCCGAUCCUUGGGACGGUGGGGGCUUACUGGAACUGCAGUGCCAAGGGGGGUGAUCCGGUGACAAGAGGGGGGUUUAUGAGGACUAGAACCAGAUUUGGCCAGAACUUUGCAGGAUGAAAUGGCGAAUUACUACUGACCUCCCUGCUGGAGGCUAGAAAGCGCUGACCUCCCUGCUGGUGGCUAUGUCGGGGAGAUGCAAAUGGCAUACGUUAAUGUGGAGAUACAGAGUCUGUGAGAUUGUAAAACCAGUGGCAUUUCUUCUUCAAAGAUGUGAUCUGUCUAUUCUUUCAUUUGUUGUAAACAUUACAAUUGUCAUCCAUAUUCUAGCAUGAAUUGCUUUUGUUGUAAACA